AUGGCCGUGGCCGCCACUCUUGCCUCGGCAGCAACUCCUAAUGAAGAGGAGGAACGCUUAACCACUGCAUCAUCUUUCGAUGAACCCCUCUCUUCCGAUGAUGGUUCUCCGUCGGUAAGGGGGAUCAUGAGCCGUUUGCACGCCGGCCAAUACAAUCCGGGAGCCCCCAUGACUUGCGAUAAACAUCCCAGGAUAUGCCGUGCCCCCGGAAGCCCUGGACCAGAUUGCUGCAGGAAGAAAUGUGUGAACGUGGACUGGGACAGGCUCAACUGCGGGCGGUGCGGCAAGUGUUGCAGAUACGGGCAGACAUGCUGCAGAGGCCGAUGCGUCAACGUGAUGAACGACCCCAAGAACUGCGGGCACUGCGGCAAGUGUUGCAGCUACGGACAUACAUGCUGCAGUGGCCGAUGCGUCAACGUGAUGAACGACCCCAAGAACUGCGGGGCAUGCAACAACAAGUGCAAGAAAGGUGGUGUCUGCAAAUACGGGAUGUGCGACUACGCAUAG